CAUCAGCCUGACCAUGAGGCAACAAAUGAACACAAUCAUGGUUAGAGAUGUUCCUAUACUAGCUUCCAUUCUCAUCUUUUUCACUCUUUCCUCUUCCUUUACCACAAUUGCAGUCGCCGUUAGAUCUCAAGAUUUUGCGACAAAUUUAGACAUGAACGUCUAUGGUCUGAAAAAGGAAAAGUUUAGCCAUUUUCGCUUCUACUGGCAUGACAUAUACAGCGGCCCUAACCCUAGCGCCGCCGUGAUUGUGAAGUCACCCACAAACGACAUCUCUGGCUUUGGCCUCAUAAGCAUGAUAGAUGACCCAUUAACCGAGAAGCCACAACUGAGCUCAAAAUUGAUAGGAAGAGCUCAGGGGUUUUACGGAGCUGCUUCGCAAGAACAUGUUGGGGCGUUAUUAAUGGUGAUGAAUUUUGUUUUUCUUGAAGGGAAGUACAAUGGUAGCACUCUAAGUAUAUUGGGAAGGAAUAAAGUUCUAUCUGACGUCAGAGAGAUGCCAGUGAUCGGCGGAAGUGGGCUGUUCCGGUUUGCUAAAGGAUAUGUUCAAGCUACUACUUACAGUUUCAAUCAAACAUCAGGAGAUGCUGUUGUUGAGUAUAAUGUUUAUGUAUUCCAUUAUUAGUUCAUUUUAAGCGGAGGGUGUUUAUUUUAUUUUAUUUUGUUUUGGAUUGAGCGGAAAUUAUAAAAUAUAAGAUAUCAAUAAUA